CAUGGAGGUGUGCGCCCGGCUAGCCUUGUGGCUCCUCUGGGGGCUCCUCCUGCACCACGGCCAGAGUCUCAGCCCCAGCCACAGCGAGAAGGCCACGGGAGCCGGCUCGGGGAACAGUAACGAGGAGUCCACUGCGGCAGAGUUCUGCCGGAUUGACAAACCUCUGUGCCACAGCGAGGACGAGAAGCUCAGCUUUGAUGCAGUCCGCAGUAUCCACAAACUCAUGGAUGAUGAUGCCAAUGGUGACGUGGAUGUGGAAGAAAGUGAUGAGUUCCUAAGAGAGGACCUCAACUACCACGACCCAACAGUGAAACACAGCACCUUUCAUGGUGAGGAUAAGCUCAUCAGCGUGGAGGACCUGUGGAAGGCAUGGAAGUCCUCAGAAGUGUACAACUGGACCGUGGAUGAGGUUGUGCAGUGGCUCAUCACAUAUGUGGAGUUGCCUCAGUAUGAGGAGACCUUCCGGAAGCUUCAGCUCAGUGGCCAUGCCAUGCCAAGGCUAGCCGUAACCAACACCACAAUGACAGGAACUGUGCUGAAGAUGACAGACCGGAGCCAUCGGCAGAAACUGCAACUGAAGGCCCUGGACACAGUGCUCUUUGGCCCUCCUCUCUUGACACGCCAUAAUCACCUUAAGGACUUCAUGCUCGUGGUGUCCAUCGUGAUUGGUGUGGGAGGCUGCUGGUUUGCCUACAUCCAGAAUCGUUACUCCAAGGAGCACAUGAAGAAGAUGAUGAAGGAUCUGGAGGGCUUGCAUCGAGCUGAGCAGAGUCUGCAUGACCUUCAGGAAAGGCUGCACAAGGCCCAGGAGGAACACCGCACCGUGGAGGUAGAGAAAGUUCACCUGGAGAAGAAGCUGCGUGAUGAGAUCAACCUUGCCAAGCAGGAAGCCCAGCGGCUGAAGGAGCUACGGGAGGGCACCGAGAACGAGCGGAGCCGCCAAAAAUAUGCUGAGGAGGAGCUGGAGCAGGUUCGGGAGGCCUUGAGGAAAGCAGAGAAGGAGCUGGAAUCGCACAGCUCGUGGUAUGCUCCGGAGGCCCUUCAGAAGUGGCUGCAGCUGACACACGAGGUGGAGGUGCAGUACUACAACAUCAAGAAGCAGAAUGCUGAGAAGCAGCUGCUGGUGGCCAAAGAGGGGGCUGAGAAGAUAAAAAAGAAGAGGAACACACUCUUUGGGACUUUCCAUGUGGCCCACAGCUCUUCACUCGACGACGUGGAUCACAAAAUCCUAACAGCUAAGCAAGCUCUGAGUGAGGUGACGGCGGCACUUCGGGAGCGCCUGCACCGCUGGCAACAGAUCGAGAUCCUCUGUGGCUUCCAGAUUGUCAACAACCCUGGCAUCCACUCACUGGUGGCCGCCCUCAACAUAGACCCCAGCUGGAUGGGCAGCUCCCGCCCCAACCCUGCCCACUUCAUCAUGACUGACGACGUGGAUGACUUGGAUGAGGAGAUUGUGUCACCCUUGUCCAUGCAGUCCCCCAGCCUGCAGAGCAGCGUCCGGCAGCGUCUGACGGAGCCACAGCAUGGCCUGGGAUCUCAGAGGGAUUUGACCCAUUCCGAUUCGGAGUCCUCCCUCCACAUGAGUGACCGCCCGCGCCUGGGAACCAAGCCUCCUCAGAUCCGCGCUGUGGAUGAGGCUCUCAGUGCCAUGACUUCCAACGGCAGCCAGCGGCUGACUGAGGGCAUCCACCCCGGCCCUCUGGUGGAGAAACUGCCUGACAGCCCUGCUCAGAGCAAGAAGACACUACUGGCGCUGAACCAUGGGCUGGCCCACAGCCUGAUGGAGCUGAGCUCCUCAGCCCCACCUAGUGGUUCUCCACCUUUGGAUUCUUCCCGUUCUCACAGCCCCAGUUCCCCAGACCCCGACAUGCCAUCUCCAAUGGGGGACAGCCGAGCCCUGCAGGCUGGCCGAAAUACACGCAUUCCCCACCUGGCUGGCAAGAAGGCAGUGCCUGAGGAGGAUAAUGGCUCCAUUGGCGAGGAGACAGAUUCUAGCCCAGGCCGGAAGAAGAUUCUGAAAAUCUUUAAGAAGCCUCUUAAAAAGUAGGCAGGCUGAGGGUGGUAGCGAUAAGACAGUGUGUCCUUCCCUGGACUCCUGCCUGCCCUUCCUCCCUUCCAUGCUACUUGGCCCCUGGAAUGGGGCUUGGGAGGGGCUGGCCCAGGGGCCUGAGCACUGUACAUACAUGCCCCUCCUCAUUCUUGGGUUCUUCAACAUUAUUUAUUAACUGACCACCAUGGCCUGCCUGCCCUCCUCCCCGCCCACGGGCUGCUGUCGUCACUCCCUUCCACUUCAGUGCAUGUCUUAGUUGCUGUACCCUCAGCUCCCAGCUCCUCCUAUGGGGUCCAGCUUUUGUCUCUGAUGUCCCAAUUUUGAGGUUUGGUUUAUUGUUUCUCUCCGUGUCCUGCUUUCAGGCUCCUCCCUCCCGCCACUCCCCCAGCUUCCCCUAGCUGCUGGUGGGGAAGAUAGGGGUAACUCCGACACCUGUGCCUCAGAUCGGCCCUCCCCUCCCUCCCCCCCAUGAUGGUUCUGUUUAAACAUCCCGGCAUAGGGCCUAAAUAUUUGAGGUUUGUUCUCCGGAAGUCUGAUGGGCCAGAGAGAACUUUGCUCUGGGUCUCCCACAAGAGAGAUCCAUGGAGAAGUUCCCUUCUCAGAGAACAAGUCAUUUGAGAGUUUCAGAGGCCAGGCUACAGGAUAGACUGGGAGAGACUUCUCUAAGCUGGAGGAUGAGUCACAGGCUCGUCACUCACCCUUUCUCUCCCCUGUCGUCCACACCUGCCUCUCUCUCAUCUCUGCUCCAACACCACAAGACCGUUUGGACGAGGUGCUGCCCCUAUCCUCAAGCACCAAAGCUCCUGGGGCUCAGGAUCCGCCCAGGAACCACUGACAUGAUACCAGGAUCUAAAGGGGCAGGGCACUGGCGCUGCUGGGCAAGGGUAUUGAUGCUUUUGAACCAAAAGACAGUUUAGAAUUGAAAAAAGAAAACUGAAUUUCCCAAGUGCCUGCACCACAUACUCUCCUUGUCGGACCCCAUUGUCAUGUUAUUAAUAGCCUGGACCAGAGGCUCAAAAAGAACACAGCCAGUUUAGGGAAGGGGGUGGCAAAGCAAGAUGGUGUAGGUGAAGGCGGCUGUGUGACCACUUUCCCCCACCCCACCCUCCAGACAACUCUGUCCCUUACCUGUUUUUGCUAUGGCUGUAAAGGUAUUUUCCCUCUGCCCUAUUCCCUGCCAUGCCUUUGCCCUUGGGUCCUACUCUGGACCUUGGGUAGGGGUGCCUGGGGCUGGUCUUAGGAGGGUGCUAGGCUAUAGACUGCCUUGUACCCCCUGGGCACCCUCACAUGGGUUUUUCUGUGUUAUUUCAUAAGACUAUUUGAAGUCCAAUAAAGCAUGUAGAAGAUUUUAACCUCU